UUUGGCUCGGAGGAUGUUUCGACAAAGUUGGGGCGGCGACAAGGCCAGGAUCCACACGGACGUCGGCAAGGAGCAUGGCCGCGAGGAGGACGACCCGUCGACCAGCUACACCCUCGUGGAGGACGACAGCGGCCCUGUCAGUAGAAGCAGAAGUGGCGACUUGCGGAGGGCAGGCAGCAGCAUGCCCAUGCUCGAAUCGACAUCGUUCCGCAACAUUCCGCUCAUGCAAGACCGACACUCGAAUCGGGUCGUGCCACUCGUAGAUGCUCUCUCGCCGCCUGUGCGAGAUGUCCAUGACCACACGACGCGGCAGGUCUCGGAGCCAGGACCGCCGCCAUCGUCGUCAGUUCCCUCCCUCGACAGCUCGUUCCAGUUUCCAAAGGUCAAGACAUCCAGACCCGAACAUCAGCGCAUGUCCGUGCCACCGGUAGUUUCCUCACCAAUAGCAUCAGGUGGCACCAUGAGUCCCAGUACCCCAUCCCCGUCAUCAUACCCGGCGUCCACGCUAGUGAUUGCCUACCAACCGCUGAAUCGAAGUGUCUAGUCCAGUCAUUCGAGUCCACAUCCUCCAGCAGACUCCAAAGCGUAUUUAUCUGCCACGUCAUAUGUAAACUCUACUGCCAGUCAACCCCACCUACACGUAGUCUCGUACUACCAGCAACCUUGCAACUAUGACUUACUUGACCAUAUCAUUGUGCAUUUCACCCAAAAUAUAUAUAUUUGGAC